AUGAGCAUUGCGAACGAGACAGCAGGCACUGAUUUCGUCCUGCUGGGCUUCUUCCCGGAGCUCAGGCACAUCACGGCCGUGGUCACCCUCAUCCUCCUGGUCUAUGUGGCCGUCCUCACAGGCAACAUUCUCCUCAUCCUGCUCAUCUGGCUGGACGCCCGGCUGCACACACCCAUGUACUUCCUGCUCAGCCAGCUGUCCCUCAUGGACCUGUCCUUGACCUCCAGCAUCAUCCCCAAGAUGGCCACCAACUUCUUCUCAGGCCGGCGGGACAUCUCGUUCGUGGCCUGUGGGACCCAGAUCUUUUUCUCCCUGACCGUGGCCAUCGCAGAAUGCAUCCUCAUCACUCUCAUGUGCUUUGACCGCUACGUGGCCAUCUGUGAGCCCCUCCGGUACCCCACCAUCAUUAGUCCCAGGGUUUGUUUGCAGAUGGCUGCUGUGUCAUGGACUGGGGGGGCACUCACUUCGCUGGGCCACACGGCUUUCACCCUACACUUCCACAUCUGCAGCCCCAGGGAGAUCCCCCACUUCUUCUGUGAGGUCAUGGCUGUCCUCAGAAUUGUCUGCGAGGACAUCUCGGUCUAUGAGAAGGCAGUGGUAGUGACCAGCAUCCUCGUUCUCCUGCUGCCCCUGCUUCUCAUCCUGUCUUCCUACGUUCUCAUCUUCCUGGCUGUCCUGAGGAUGAACUCCUCUGAAGGCAGGAGCAAAGCUCUGGCCACCUGCUCCUCCCACCUCUGUGUGGUGAGUCUCUAUUUCGGCCCAGGUAUGUUCAUCUACAUGAGACCCGGCUCUGCCAAGACCCCAGAGCUGAAUCAGGGACUCUUUCUGUUUGGAACGGUCCUGACUCCUCUCCUGAACCCCCUUGCCUACAGUUUCAGGAACAAGGAUGUUUUCGCUGCAUUAAAAAAGUUGAUUGGGAAGUGUGUGUGCUACACUAAGAGCUGUGUCCCCUACCCGAUCCUGGGAAUGCCCUCUGUCCAGCAGCGAAUCUGCCACUCAUCCUUCCAGAUGCUGCUGCAAAAAGGCUUCACCAAGAGCCCCUCCCUCGUGCAGCUCUGCGCCACACGCCCUCACGGCAGCCCGGGCAGUGUUCCCUCAAGACCCCUGACGCUGUAG